ACUGCUGUGUGGUGCUGUGUGGUCACCGCUAAGAUUUGUAACAGCCUCACACAUGCGCGGUGAGACUGCGCAUGCUCACUGUGCGCUCUGUGGUAAACCAGGGAAUGUGUAGCUAGCUUGUGGAGUUAUCAGCUUUAAUAUCCUCGACCUUCGGGUGCCUGGUAUAGGCAAGGAGCCUUUUCUACCCAAUUCUUAAUUGUAGUUGAAAAUGUCCGUGUUCUCGGAGCCUGCUUUGGAGAAGAAAUUAUCAGAACUGAGUAACUCCCAGCAGAGCGUGCAGACCCUUUCACUGUGGCUCAUCCACCACAGAAAACACUCCAAAACCAUUGUCAAAGUCUGGUAUAACGAGCUGAAGAAAGCCCAGGUGUCCCGUAAGCUGACUUUCCUGUAUCUUGCAAAUGAUGUCAUACAGAAUAGCAAGAGGAAAGGACCAGAGUUCACACAAGAUUUUUCCCCUGUCAUUGUUGAUGCUUUCAAACAUGUCUCCGGUGAAGGAGACGAGAGCUGCAAGAAACAGUUAGGUAGAGUUCUGUCCAUCUGGCAGGAAAGAGCUGUCUAUGAGAGUGACAUACUGGACAAACUCUCUGAUGUCCUGUUGGUAGAAAAGAAGGCCAAGAAAAGGCCUUAUGAGGAGAUUAAGGUGAACGAUGAUGAUUUCGCCACCCAAAGCUCCCCUGCUGAACCUCCACAAACUGCAGAUCUGAUCCGAGCACUACAGGAGCUUGAGAACGCAGCCUCCAGCGAUGCAGCUCUACGCCAGAGGAUCUCUGCUCUACCCCCAGAGGUGCAGGACACCUCCCUAUUGCACAAAGUUACAGAUAAAGAGUCAGGGGAGCGUCUUUCUCGGUUGGUGGAAGAGGCCUGCAUGCUUCUAGCUGACUACAGUGGGCGGCUGGCAGCAGAGAUUGAUGAUCGGCGGCAGCUCACACGCACACUUGCCGUCUUUUUGCAGAGUCAGAGAGACGGCCUGGCCCAGAACGAGCAGAAACUAGAAGAAUACAAGCGCAAACUGGCCCGGGUGUCCCAGGUACGGAAGGAGCUGCGGUCUCGUCUCAGCAGUCUCCCAGACCUCUCUCGGCUCCCUAAUGUUACAGGUGGCCAUGUCCGUCUUCCCUCCUCCGGCGAUCUUUACAGCCCCUCUGAUUGUAUGUCCUCGGGUGAGAUGCAAGAUGGUAAGCACUGUCACGAUAACAGCCGUGCCCUGGAGGACCGAGAGCGUGAGAGGAAGCUUGCCAAGAAACGCCUAUACAUUGUUUCAGCAGUGUGUCUGGUCUUCAUGGUGGGCGAGAUCUUAGGUGGGUAUUUUGCUGGAAGUCUGGCAGUGAUGACAGAUGCUGCCCACCUGCUUGUGGACCUCACCAGCUUCAUCAUCAGUUUGUGUUCGCUGUGGCUGUCGUCCAGACCUGCUACACGCACUCUCAAUUACGGCUGGCAUCGAGCAGAAAUCCUGGGUGCUCUGCUGUCAGUUUUCACCAUUUGGCUGGUUACUGGUGUGCUGGUGUAUCUAGCAGUGGAACGGCUCAUUGAUGAUGACUUCACUAUUGAGGGCACAGUCAUGCUGAUCACCUCUGGCUGUGCUGUACUGGCCAACAUUAUAAUGGCCUUCACUCUGCAUCAGUCAGGUCAUGGCCAUAGUCACGGUGGUCUGAGUGGCGGCCACAGUCAUGACCAUGGGAAGGAAAACGGCCACAGUCAUUCUGAUGCUGCCCAUUGUGACGUAGAGGAGAAUGGGUCUGGUAAAAGACAACAAGCUAAUGCUAGCGUCAGGGCAGCAUUCGUCCAUGUGAUUGGAGAUCUUCUACAGAGUGUCAGUGUGCUUGUCAGUGCAAUCAUCAUCUUUUUUAAGCCUGAAUAUAAAAUUGCAGAUCCCAUCUGCACCUUCCUGUUUUCUCUAUUCGUCCUGGGCACCACGUUCACCAUCAUGAGGGACAUAAUUAUUGUCCUAAUGGAAGGUACGCCGACUGGUGUGAACUAUAAUGAGGUGAGGGAACGACUGCUCAGAGUAAAAGGUGUCAAAGCUGUGCACAACCUUCACAUCUGGGCCCUGACAAUGAACCAGGCUGUGCUUUCCGCUCAUGUGGCUAUAGAUGAUACUGUAGAGCCACAGGCAGUGUUGAGAGAAAUGACCCAGGCCUGUUUCACAGCAUACAGUUUCCAUUCGGUAACCAUUCAACUGGAGCAUCAGGCCGACCAGAGGGCUGACUGCAGCCUCUGUCAUGACCCCACAAAGUGAAACACCCAGAGACUUUACAUUAAAGAUCGGCCCUGGUCCAAAGGGACAAAAGAACCAUGAAAGAGAUCAUUGAGGAUUAUUGUGGUGUUCAUAUUUUAUAGCUGACAUAAUUUCACAGGUUUUAGUUUUUUUGGACUUUGGACACCUCCAUCUCUGUUUUCCCACUAAUUAGAAUUUAAAGGGAUAGUCACCCCAAAAAUGAAAAGUCUGCCAUUUACUCACCUGUAU